GAUGCUUAACCCACUGAGCCGCCCAGGCGCCCAGGGCUCAGACUUCUUUUUGCUUCACCGUCCUCGCACAUAGCUUCAUCCUCAUGGUCACCUCAUGGUCUGAUGUGACUGCUAGAGUGUAAUUCAUCUCAUCUAUAUGCCAGGCAGCAGAACAAAGGAAGGGAAGGAGCUGGAGGAGAGGAGGAGGAGCACACAAUGACACACUUCUUAGCUGAAUUAAUUUUCUUUAAGGGGCCUUGCUGGAAGUCCAGGACAAUAUUUCCAACACUUCUGCUUAUGUCUUACUGGCCAGAACUUAGUCACAUGGCCUUAUCCAGCUUUGAGGAAGACUUGAAAAUGUAGUUUUGUGUUUAUUAUUAUUUUUUAAUUGGAAGUAUAAUUUGAAGUAUAAUUUGUGCAGUGCAACGCACAGAUCUUCUCAUAUAGUUCUAACAAGUUUUAACAAAUGCUACACCCAUGUUAGCCACCUCCCUAUCAAGAUAUAGAGCAUUCCAUCAUCCCUAGAAAUCCCCUCCUCCUGAGGGGACUUUUUCAACAAUUCCAAAGAGGUAAUGGCUUAAUUAGGGUAGUAGCCUUGGGAAUGGAAGGAAAGCUUGGAGAGGUGAUGGAAGGACAAAUCAAAGGAGACUGGUAUGAAUGAGAGGAGAAUUUAGGAGAAUGCUAACAGCAGAGCCACUAACAGAAACAGAAAAUCGGGAGGGAAUUCUAGAUUGUUACAGAUGGGAUGGAUGGAAAAAAAGGAAUGAGAGUACAGUAUUGGGUGUAUUGAUUUGAUGUACUGGUCAAACACCCAGGUGGAGAUACCCAGCAGGCAGUUAGUUGUAUCUAGAGCUUGGGAGGGCAUCAAAUACGAGAGAGAUGCUGAAGAGGACAGGGACCAAGAAAUGACACAAGAAUUUGGUGACUGAGCUUAAUGAUGACUUUUGGAGGGAGCAGAAUUCAGGUGCCAUGGCCUGAGUGGGCAGUGAGGAUUUAAAUCAUACAAAAGGGGACUGGUUGUGUUGCCCGGAACACUUUUUAAAACCCCUUUAAGAAAUUGAAGUCCUUGGGGGUACCUGGCUGGCUCAGUCUAUAGAGCUUGAGACGAUAUUGGGGUGAGGUCAAGCCCUAGGUUGGGCAAAAUAAACAUAAAAAGGUCGUAAGUUGCCCUUUUUACAAGCUUGCUGAUAAAGGAGGAGGGAUAGGUCGGUGUGAGGAAAAGAUCAGGGAUUCGCCCCAUCCUUGCAGGAAAAUAGCUCCUGGUUGUUUGAAAUUAUCUUUCCAAAGAACAGGCAUACAAGACAGCUCCCUGCCUCCUGUGACCUCCAGAAUUCAAGGUGAAUGGCUGGAAGAGGGACAGGGGUGCCCUCUUUAACAACCGCUGGGGUGGGUUGGGCCAAACAGACACUGCCAGGACAGGUGUGAAGACACCUGUAUCUUAAAAGAGGAAAAACCAAAAGACCCAACAGGCGGGACUCAGGCCGUCGUAAGUUUGAAUCUUGUCUCUGGCGCCACCUAGCUAGAAGACCUUGGGCAGGUUUCUUAACCUGAACUCAUCUGUAAAAUGGAAACAGUUAUGCCUACCUUUCAGGGUGGCUUUGAGGAUUACAGAAAAGUGACUGGCACACAAUAGGUCAUCGUAAGUGGGUGCCAUUAAGUGACCCAGUCCCCCUCGCUAUGGGACAGAACGGCCAACGGAUGGAUCCUAAAACGCGACCUCCCGAUCUCUGAGGGUAGGGAAGGGCUCCCGGCGGCCUCCCUCCAGGAGGUGGGGACAAGGUGGCGGAAGGGCUGCUGGAGGAGGAGCUGGCGCGUUGCGACCCGCCCCGUCCCGUCCACUCCGGCCUGGGCUCCAAGGGAAUCGCUGUCCUAGGCGCCGUCACCGGAGCAGCCUGUCCUGGUGCCCCGUGCCUUGCCCCGCGUCCAGUCAUGACCCUGCGCCCCUCACUUCUCCCGCUCCGUCUGCUGCUGCUGCUGCUCAGUGGGGUGAUGUGCCGGGCUGAGGCUGGGUUUGAAACCGAAAGUCCCGUCCGGACCCUCCAAGUGGAGACCCUGGUGGAGCCCCCCGAGCCGUGCGCGGAGCCCGCUGCUUUUGGAGACACGCUGCACAUACACUACACGGGCAGCUUGGUAGAUGGACGCAUUAUUGACACUUCCCUGACCAGAGAUCCUCUGGUUAUAGAACUUGGCCAAAAGCAGGUGAUCCCAGGUCUGGAGCAGAGCCUUCUAGACAUGUGUGUGGGAGAGAAGAGAAGGGCAAUCAUUCCCUCUCACUUGGCCUAUGGAAAGCGGGGAUUUCCACCGUCUAUCCCAGCGGAUGCAGUGCUGCAGUUUGAUGUGGAGCUGAUUGCACUGAUCCGAGCCAACUACUGGCAAAAGCUGGUGAAGGGCAUUCUGCCUCUGGUAGGCAUGGCCAUGGUGCCAGCCCUCCUGGGCCUCAUUGGGUAUCACCUAUACAAAAAGGCCAACAGACCUAAAGUCUCCAAAAAGAAGCUCAAGGAAGAGAAACGAAACAAGAGCAAAAAGAAAUAAUAAAUAAUUUUUAAAAAUUU